AUGGCUGCGCGUAUUGCCGCCUUCUUCAGCGCCCUGUCACUUGUGACUGCGGUUGCGAUUCCAGACAGUGCUGCCACCAAAAUCAUCCACAGAGAUAUUGUUAUUCUCGGCGGAGGCGCGUCCGGCUCUCACGCCGCCCUCAGGCUCCGCGAGGACUACAACAAGACGAUCAUUGUUGUCGAGAAGCAAAGUCGCAUCGGUGGCCAUGUUGCGACAUUUACUGACCCGGAAACGGGCAACAACUACGACUAUGGAGUAAACUCCUACACCGAUUACACUGGCGCACGCGAAUUUGUCGCACGCCUCAAUAUCCCGGUUAUGACUCCUGCACGAUUGUCCCUCACUACCACGUACGCCGACUUCACGACAGGCAAGUUGACCAACUACUCGUUACCUGCCUCCGCCGACAUCACCGCUGCGCUGAGGACCUACCUUGAGCUCUGCGAGACGUAUGAGGAGAACAUCCUCCCCUCCUAUGCCAAGUUCCCAAACGCUACUGAGGGUAUUCCGGAGGAUCUCACCAUGCCCUUCAUCGACUUUGUCAAGAAGUACGACAUCGAGGCUGCCGUUCCUCGUAUCUUCCAGGUCACUGGACUUGGCAUGGAUGACUUCGCGCACCAGUCCACGCUGUACGUCAUGCAAACGUUUGGCGCGCCGAUCACCCGUUCUUUCUUGGGGGUUGUGGGUUCUUUCGUGCCCGCCUCCAAGAGAAACCAAGACAUCUACGACGCGAUCGCCGAGCUGCUUGGGGACGACGUCAUGUACUCUUCCACGGCGAUGAAGACUGCCCGUUCUGACAAUGGCGUCGAGGUACUUGUCAAGAGCGCUGAUAACACGCGAACUCUCAUCCGCGCGAAGAAGCUUCUUAUUUCCUUCGAGCCUACUCUUCACAACAUGCAGGGUAUCGAUAUUGACGAGGAAGAGACCUCUGUCUUCGAGAAAUGGAACUGGUCCACUGUUUACGCCGGCAUCGUCUCCCACCCGGCCAUUCCCAAGCUUUUCUCCUACACCAACACUGCCCCAUCUCGAUGGCUCUCGCUGCCGGAGCUUCCAUUCGUCGGUCGCUUUGACUAUCUCGGAGACGACAACUACCGUGUCCUAGUCGGUGGUGACAAGAACUACAACAGCUGCGAGGCACAGAAGCUGGUCAAGAGGUCACUGAAGCAACUCGCCGCUGCUGGAACCGUUCCUAGCCUUGGCAAUGACACUAUUCAGAUCAAGGCCUGGGCCGAUCACGGCGCUAUGCAGCUUCACUUUGAGAGGGACGAUCUUAAGGCCGGUGCCAUCACCCAGCUUUACACGCUUCAGGGCCGCAAGAGCACCUACUUUACUGGCGGUGCCUGGUCCGCUCAGUUUACCACCAUCCUCUGGGAGACAAACAACCAAUAUGUGUUGCCUAAGCUGUUGGCAGAGUUCUGA